AUGGAUGGAGAUGAAAUGACAAGAAUUAUAUGGCAAAAGAUUAAAGAUUAUUUUAUUUUUCCAUAUUUGAAAAUUGAAUGUUUGUACUACGACUUAGGAUUAGAAAAUAGAGACAAAACUAACGAUCAGGUUACGAUUGAUGCUGCUCAUGCAGUUUUAAAGCACAAUGUGGGAAUUAAAUGUGCUACAAUAACACCUGAUGAAGCGAGAGUUAAAGAAUUUAAUCUUAAAAAAAUGUGGUUGAGUCCAAAUGGAACUAUUAGAAACAUAUUAGGAGGAACUGUUUUCAGAGAACCCAUUUUAUGUAAAAACAUUCCUAAAUUAGUUCCUGGAUGGGAAAAUCCUAUUGUUAUUGGUAGGCAUGCUCAUGGAGAUCAAUAUAAAGCUCAAGAUGUUGUUAUUACAAAACCUGGAUUGCUACAAUUAGUUUUUACUGAUGAUGGAGGAGCAAAGGAAACUAUUGAUGUUUACAGAUAUAAAAAUUCUGGGGUGGCUUUAGCUAUGUACAAUACAGAUGACAGUAUUAAGGAUUUUGCUCAUUCCAGUUUUCAAGUUGCCUUACAAAAAAAAUGGCCUUUAUAUUUAUCAACAAAAAAUACUAUUCUGAAAAAAUAUGAUGGACGUUUUAAGGAUAUUUUCCAAGAAAUAUAUGAAAAAGAUUACAAAAAAAGCUUUGAAGAAGCAAAAAUAUGGUAUGAACAUCGUCUGAUAGAUGAUAUGGUGGCCCAAGCUCUUAAAUCAGCUGGAGGAUUUGUCUGGGCAUGCAAAAAUUAUGAUGGAGAUGUUCAGUCUGAUAUCAUUGCUCAAGGUUAUGGAUCCCUCGGUCUCAUGACGUCUGUUUUAAUGUGUCCUGAUGGUAAAACAAUGGAGUCCGAAGCUGCUCACGGUACCGUCACGAGACAUUAUCGUAUGCAUCAAAAAGGACAAGAAACUUCAACAAAUCCUAUUGCAUCAAUAUUUGCUUGGACCAGGGGUUUAAGUCAUCGUGCCAAAUUAGACAACCUUCCCGAAUUAGAUGUCUUUAGUCAAAGUCUCGAAAAGGCUUGCAUUGAUUGUGUUGAAAGAGGAGAAUACACAAAAGAUUUGGCAAUUUGCAUUCAUGGAAUGUCUAAAGUGAAACCUGGAAUGUAUCUUAAUACUGAUGAUUUCAUGGAAGCCAUACGCCAAGAUUUAAAAAGAAAAUUAAAUACAAAACUUUAA